CAGAGUACGGCGUCACGUCUCCUUGUGGGCACGUGAGGCCCCCGCCGUCGGGCUGAGGGCGGAAGUAGGUGACGGACGUGGCUGGGGCUGCCCGCCGAGAUCGCCUGAAGGACCCCGACGUGUGGGAGGCCGCGGUUCUUCAGGGAAUCCCUCCCCUUCGGAAAGAAUGGCGCCGCUCUCUUCCUCGGGAGCCAGAGGACGGAGAUGCUGAGGAGCGAAAGGGCUGGGUCAGGAGCGAAGGGAAGAAUGGGAUCAGGCAGUUGGCCGGGUCGCCUCGGGGGGUGAGGAGACCCCCCCACGCCUUUUCCACCUCUCGCCCGCCUGGGUUCCUCUGCACUUGGCCACCCGGCGCCUUUCUCCCUCCCCCCCCAACUUCCAAAGGGGCCACAAGACCCUCAGGCGGGGACUAGGGCAGCCCUAGGGAGACAGUUUCCAUCCCCUCUUUGUCCUCCCAGUAUCGUCCCAUUAUGGCCUACCCUCCACCCUUCCUCCUUCUCUUCUCCUCCCUUCUGCUAUUCUCCGUUGCCUCCUCAGAGAUGCGCUAUAAUCCAGGGGACCCCGUGAUGCUCUACGUCAACAAAGUGGGGCCGUACCACAAUCCUCAGGAGACCUACCAUUAUUACCAACUCCCUGUCUGCUCCCCGGAGAAAAUCCGCCACAAAAGCCUGACCCUGGGGGAAGUGCUGUACGGAGACCGCAUGGCAGAGUCCAUGUAUGAGAUCCGUUUCCGGGAGAAUGUGGAAAAGAAGGUCCUCUGUGAAAUGAAGCUCUCCCCUGAGCAGGUGGAGCGCCUCCGCCAGGCCAUUGAGGAGCUCUACUACUUCGAAUUUGUGGUGGACGAUCUGCCGCUCCGUGGCUUUGUGGGUUACAUGGAGGAGAGCGGCUUCUUGCCUCACAGCCACAAGAUCGGGCUCUGGACUCACCUGGACUUCCACCUCGAAUGGAACGGCGACCGUAUUAUCCACGCCAACGUCAGCGUCCGGAACGUCAAGCCCACCAGCCUGGACGAUGUCCGAAGCGUGGUCCCCAUCACCCACACCUACAGUGUCCGCUGGUCGGAGACCACCUCGGAACGGCGAGGCGAGCACCGGGGCGGCCGGGGCGGGGACGACGGCUUCUUCCCCCACACCUUGGAGAUCCACUGGCUCUCCAUCAUCAACUCCAUGGUCCUGGUGUUCCUCCUGGUGGGCUUCGUGGUGGUCAUCCUCAUGCGGGUCCUCAAGAAUGACCUGGCUCGCUACAACCUGGACGAAGAAGCCUCCUCUUCGUCCUCCGGGGAUGACUUUGACCAAGGAGACAACGGGUGGAAGAUCAUUCACACGGACGUCUUCCGCUUCCCGCCCUGCCGGAGCCUCCUCUGCGCCGUCCUGGGUGUGGGAAGCCAGUUCCUGGCGCUGGGCACGGGCAUCAUCGUGAUGGCUCUCCUGGGCAUGUUUAACGUCCACCGGCAUGGGGCCAUCAACUCAGCCGCCAUCCUCCUCUACGCCCUCACAUGCUGCAUCUCCGGCUAUGUUUCCAGCAAUUUCUACCGCCAGAUUGGUGGCGAGCGAUGGGUCUGGAACAUCCUGCUCACCACCAGCCUUUUCUCAGCUCCCUUCUUCCUGACAUGGAGCGUAGUCAACUCGGUUCACUGGGCCAACGGCUCGACGCAGGCCCUGCCCGCCACCACCAUCCUGUUGCUCCUUACGGUGUGGCUGCUGGUGGGCUUCCCCCUCACCGUCAUCGGGGGCAUCUUCGGCAAGAACCGGGCGGGCCCGUUUGACGCCCCCUGCCGUACCAAGAACAUCGCGCGGGAGAUCCCGCUGCAGCCCUGGUACAAAUCCACGCUGGUGCACAUGACCAUUGGCGGAUUCUUGCCCUUCAGUGCUAUUUCCGUGGAGUUGUACUACAUCUUUGCCACGGUGUGGGGCCGGGAGCAGUACACGCUCUACGGCAUCCUCUUCUUCGUUUUCGCCAUCCUGCUGAGCGUCGGGGCCUGCAUCUCCAUUGCGCUCACCUACUUUCAGCUCUCGGGCGAGGACUACCGCUGGUGGUGGCGCUCCGUGCUCAGCACCGGCUCCACCGGCGUCUUCAUCUUCCUCUACUCUGUGUUCUACUACUCGCGGCGCUCCAACAUGUCAGGUGUGGUGCAGACGGUGGAGUUCUUUGGCUACUCCCUCCUCACUGGCUAUGUCUUCUUCCUGAUGCUGGGGACCAUUUCUUUUUUUGCCUCCCUUAAGUUUAUCCGCUACAUCUACGUCAACCUCAAGAUGGACUGAGCCGCCGCACCUCUCCUCUGGUUGACUGGGUCUGCGCGAAAGCGCAAUUUUCCUAUUGGCUAGGAUGGGCAUGUCUAAGAGCGUUGCAAGAGCUUUUUACGGGCCGAACCAAGCGAGGCGGCUAGAGGCGUUGGAUGGAAUCUCAACUGAGCAAUGAACACUUGGGUGUUCUGUCCUUCCGUUGGGUAGAACUGACUGAGAACUUCCCAGCUCAUCACAGCGGCUGCUCCUUUGCAAGAAAGAAGGGAGGGCACCCUUUCGUUUUCCUCUUCUGUUGGUCAACAUAACUAGCCAAUUAGUGAGCUCUGUAAAUCUGGCCAAUUAGUAAACACUGCUAUGGAUUUCUUCUCUUCUCUCUCCACCCCGGGGUGUUCAAAACUGCAUUUUUAAAAAAUACUGGAUAGGAGUAGUAUCAGUUUAUUAUGUUUGUCUCACUGGUUGAAAUACAACAAAUGGUUAAGGACAUUUUUUUUCCUUAAGCGUGUACAAUCUGGUCAUAACUGAAAGCCAAGCCGAGUCAGCCAGCAAACCCCUUCUUCCUCGAAGGACCGUUUGGCUCUUGUUGCUGACUGAUUGAAAAAGGUGAAGAUUUGGUUUCCUUCUUGAUUCACUUCCUUCUGGGUUCUUCUGCAACUGGGUGACCAAUCCCACAUAAAAAAUGGGACAUAGGAGAAAAGCAGUUGCCGACAGAAGGGCUGGCAGGGGCCGGCUUCAAGAAAAUAAAGUAACCCAGCCGUUGGCAACGGGGUUUCGAAGAGAACGGGCUGGCAGGGACCUCCCAAAGGUGUGCAAUACUAACACCGAUCUUCCCCAGCAUGCCACAAAAAACAGAGAUGAUGUGAAUUGUAGUCUAAAAGGCAUCUAGAAGUUAAGGAGCUGUGCCCUUAGAAUUUCACUUGAUCAAAUCAUUUCUAGGGGCAGAUAUUUAAGCCCUCUGAUCUUGGAAGGGAUGGGCAGAGGGAAGAAUCUCUGCUAUUAUUAUUUUCCAGUUUGAAUGGAAGGUUGAUUUUCCUUUCCAGCUUUAAGGAGGCCCUUAUUUAUCACUUCCUAGACUGGGCCACCCUCUCCUCCUCCUGCCUGGUGGAUCCUUUGCUUCCUAAAUGGCCAGUGCGUUUUCUUUCGCUGUUCAUAUCCUUUGUAUUCCCAAGGUGCCUGGCGCUGUUGAAAUAAGAGUUGGGGAGGAGCUGUCUUUUCCCCUUCCAUGUGGAUGAAGAAAAUGCCUAUAAUUAUAUAUGAAGAUAUAUAUAUAUAUGAUGAGUUAUGUAUAUUAGCAAUGAUUGAAGUUGGAUUAUUUUUUAAUUUUGUGUUUUUGUUUUAUUUUUGGUUGCUUUGUUUAUUUCUCUUCCAACAGUUUCUUUUUACAGAUCUCGAAAUAAAACUUUAUUAACAAAACCAAAA